CAACUUUAACUUGUGAAUAUAACCCCAGUCAGCUGCAAUAUUUAAUUUGUCAACAAAACGACACUCCAAUCAGUUUUAUCGCGAUAUCUCACGUGUAACGUUUGCAAUUCUCUUCGAUAACAUUAAGUAUGUCCGUGGACACCUCCAACGUAAGCAUCCUGCACUGGGUUUCCAGUGACAAGCAUAAAUGCGGCUAUUGUGGCGCAAAGAACUCCAUCACCAAUGGAUUGUGGGCAGAAUGUCUCACUGUCGAAGACUAUCAGAAUAUGAUAGACCGUGGCUGGCGCAGGUCCGGAAAAUAUUGCUACAAACCAAUAAUGCAUGAAACUUGCUGCCCGCAGUAUACUAUUAGAUGUGCUGCUUUGAAUUUUAAACCAUCAAAGUCACAGAAAAAAGUACUUAAGAAGUUUAAUAAGUAUCUCAGGGAAGGAAAUAGUCCUACAAGUGCUCCCGAAACAAUAAAUUCUGACACAAUAGCUGAUUGUGAUGGAAUGCAGGAUUUUGUAAUGCCUCAGUGUGUGAAAGAAAUUGGCAAUCAAAUAAAACUAGGUAUUUCAUCAAUUUUGACAAAUUCUGCUGUAGAAUCAUCACUUUCUCAGUCUACGAGCCUUGUUAACAACUUAACCAAAUCAAAUUCAACUGCGUCACCAAAAAAAGAAGUCAAGAAAGGUGUAGGUGCUGAUGUAUCACUGCCAAAAUGUCAGAAAGCAAAGUAUCUGCGUCAAAAACGCCGAGAAGCCAAGUUAUUACAAGCUGGCCAACCUCAACCAACACCUGUUCAACAAAACAAAGAGAAAUCAUUGACUGAUUUGAUUAACGAACAGUCAAUGGAUAAUUUACACAAUAUUCAAGUGAAAUUGAUUCAGUUAGAGGGAGCUGAAUGGAAACAAUACAGAAAAAUAGAGUUUGAGUUGUACAGAAAGUACCAAGUCUGUGUUCAUAAAGAUCCGCCCGAAAAGUGCACGCAGAAGUCAUUUGAGAACUUUCUGGCGGAUUCUCCUUUACAGAGUUCUAAUAAAACAUUUGGAAGUUUUCAUCAACAAUACUGGCUGGAUGAUAAACUAAUCGCCGUUGGAGUGAUUGAUAUCCUUCCGAGAUGUGUCAGCUCGGUAUACUUCUUCUACGACCCGGAUUAUAAUCAUUUAACACUAGGAACUUACAGCGCAUUGAGAGAAGUUGAGUUUACACAGCGUUUACACCUCAAACAACCAUCGAUUGAAUACUAUUACAUGGGUUUCUACAUUCAUACAUGCAUCAAAAUGCGUUACAAAGGUAAAUUUUUCCCUUCGGACUUAUUAUGUCCGGAAACCUACGCUUGGACGCCCAUCGAUCAGUGCCUUCCACUGCUUGAGGUCAGUAAGUAUUCGCGAUUGCAGAAACCCGGCGUUCGAGAUGAUAACAACUGUUUACCUGGGCCACUAUUGGACGAAAUGAAGAUUGUGAUUGAUUAUACAGUGUAUAAAGCACGACAGCUCAGGGAUAAACGCGAUUUGGGCGAGAGUAUUAAACUACUCGGCGAGUUACUCGGCAAGAAACUCAUCGCCAGUGUUUACAUUGCGUUUUAAUUCGGUUUCAGUCAAGAUCGACGAUAAUGUGUGAAUAUAUUGAUUAUCUGCUAACAGUUAAAUAAAAUACGCUUGAUGAACA